ACAUGUUGGGUUUUCCCCAUCACUUCACCCUCCCCCUCUCUGAGCAAAGAUUGGGACGCCCCUAGCUGCUGGAGGAAGGGCUGAAAGGUUCCGACUUUAAAGUCCAACGGUAACAAGAUGGCUGCGCAGAUAAACAAAGAACCUUAUAAGUGGACUCCAAUAGAAACUCGGCGCCUGAUUCGCUUUCGGGCCGAAAACGAGCAGCUUUUCCUCAAGUCGAAGAACAAUGUUAAACUAAUGUGGGAGAAUUUAAUCCGGGAGCUGGACCUGGAGGGGAAGGUGACGUCCCAACAGGUUUCCAAGAAAUGGGAGAAUCUAAAAAAGAAGUACAAGGAUCUACAGAUGCUGAAGGCGGGAUCUGCAACGGAUGGAGGUGAGGUCACAGCUGUGACCUGGCAGUAUUUUGAUGACAUGCACGAGGUGUUGGGUGGGAAAAGGUCUCCGAAGACGCCUGCUCUUGUUGCGUCCUUUAACGCAGAUCCAGAUUCCUUACCAAACUUUGAAGUGAAACAGGAAGAGUUUGAGGUCAAAGAAGAAGCGGGCUUCUCCUCGGGAACGCCGUCUCCCAUCCCUCCUCUGAACUCCCCGACUGCUUCCCCUAAAAACAAGCGAAGGAGACGGACCAACCCCAUUUUGGACUUUCUCAUCGAGGAAAGCGCUAAAGAACAGAAACGACACGAGGAGAGCGUAGCCAAGAUCGAGCGCUUUCUCAACCUCUUUGAAAAACUGAUUGAGAAAAUUUAAUCCAAACUACUUUUGGUGAAAUUGAACCAAUACUUCCUGUUUAAUUAUUUGUUUUAAGAAUACUGUUUUUUUUAUUUAAAUAAAAAAAAAUGUUUCAGGA